AUGAAUAAAACUUCAGCAGGCAAGAUUAGAGUUGAAGCAGAAGAAGAAGAAGCCGUCUUGUCUGCUGCUCAUGCAAUGAUCACUCAACUAUCUGGCUUGGUAUGUGUUUUGGAACAGAAACAUAUGCAAACGUUGGCAAUUAUAGUGAGCAUUGUUUUUUGCAAGACAAAUUCAAUUGCUGCAAAAUUGUCACACUGUGGCUGCUUGCGGGGGAUCUUCUUAAACUAG